AUGUUUCGGUUGGCCGCUCACACCAAUGCUGCUGCUGCUGCUGCAGUACUUGCAAGGAGAUCCGGUACGCCAACGGGUUGUCGUAUCUGGUUCUUGGAUGGUUUGAUCAUCAUGAUGCUGGGCAAAAGGGGUGGUGCAUUAUGGCUGUUGGUGGCGGCGGCAACGCUAACCUGCGCUGCCAGCAGACUCAUCCAGGUUGGAGGUAAGCCUGGUUGGAGACCGGACGUUAACUACACCGAAUGGGCCGCUCAGCAGCAGCUUUGCGUGGGAGAUUGGCUCCUGUUCAGAUUCGAUAAGAGGAUGUACAACGUGCUGGAGGUGAACCGGACAAACUACGAGCUGUGCAACGACCAUGAUUUCAUACAGAACAUUACAAGGGGUGGGAGAGACGUAUUCCAACUCACUGAGGCCAGGCCUUACUACUUCCUCUGCGGCGGAGGCUAUUGUUACGGUGGCAUGAAGGUGGCUAUUAAUGCUGUUGAAGCAUCCCCACCUGCACCUGAACCCACCCCCAAAAAUGGUUCCCCAGUGACAACAACCAGCAGCAACCUGCUUGCUCUAACCAUGGUUUCUGCUGCUGCGGCUGUAAUUUGGUGUCAUGGGUUUCCGCCUUUCACCGUUCACCGACUUUAG